AUGCCCGGUGUACCAACCGGCCGGGCCUGCGAUGCUUGUCGCAAGCAGAAGAAAAAGUGCGACGAACAACAACCUACCUGUUCGCGCUGCGCCCGCCUCAAAGUAAAAUGCAUAGGCUCAGGCAAGCAACGCUUCAAAUUCCAAGAAGAAAAGCGCUUUUCUCCACCCAGACCACCACAAGCGAAUGUCAAAUCUGAAUCAAUAUCUUUCAAUAGCGUCAUCACAAAACCAAUCCAGCACAUCUACAUGCACGUCCCGCUAGGAUCGCUCUUACCGAGCCCUUCCAACGAACUUACAAACCUAACAGCAACAUUCAUCCGAACAAUCAAACGCUCCACAGAUCUCCGCUACAAUAUGUGGUGGAGCUUCGGCACAUUCCUAGAUGACGUUCCGCGCCGUCUAGGUUCUAACGAGGCGCUAGACCGCGCCGUUGACGCCGUGUCUACCGCCCAUGGAGACUUCUGUACCCGCCGCGAAGCGUCAACGGACGCACUAGCUAAAUACUCUCAAGCUCUGCACACGCUUCGCGUCUAUCUGGAUGAUCAGUUCCAUGCGCAGUCCUCUAACACGCUUUGUGCGGUUAUGAUUCUACUUAUUUGUCAGGUUUUUCUGGGUCCAUCGACUCAGUGCUGGUCUGGACAUGCGGAGGGAGCAGCAGCGAUCCUUAAGGCGAGGAAGAGUCUUGGACCUAGGGAUGAUUUUGAGAAGAAAUUGUUUCUUUCGAUGCGUGGGACGGUGUUAUUUGAAGGCGUAUUCAACGAUCGAAUCAACCUGACGCCUGAAGAAUGGACUGAUCUUGUGAAAAGCGAUCUCGACUCGAAUACGCCCGAAGGCCAGAUGAUGAUAUGUUUAUCCCAAGCACCCGAUCUAAUGCGCCGCGGCAGAGAAGCACUGCAGACUGGAUCCGAUACCACAUCCGUAAGCGAUGAAAUAUGGGCCAUCUAUCAAAACUGCAAGACAGAACUAAGGUCACUCCAACUACGAGCGAGUGAGAACAUUAUUACCGAACUCGACAUUUCUCAGAUCCCGGCUGGUAAGCAGGCUUUAGUCCGCACAUUCAUGUAUGCGCACUACGAACGCACGUACGGGAUCGGGUUGACGAUCUCGCUAUUCUUCAACUGUCUUCUUAGUGGACUAGGGGCUCAUGAUGGCGCGAGUCUUUUUGACGCGCAUUUUCUUGCGGAAGAGGUUCUUGCGCUUGCGGAUCGUUCGGCUAUCUGGAGGCCUAUUGGGACGGGGUAUCUUAUUAUAGGCUUCAGUGCUGCUUGGGCCGCUGCGACGGAUCCGCUAAUAAGGGCGAGGCUCUUGGUUGCUAUAAACGAAUAUGGUUCGGAUAUGAGGAUGCGGGAUUCGAACUUUCUGAUCAACGAAGUGCAGUGGACGGCGGAGCGUUUACGUCUUGGAACACCGUUGGAGAAGGAAAAGUAUCUCCACGGGGUGCGGGAAUAUAUACAGACAUGA